AUGGAUAUAUCCACUUCAGCACUAACUUAUGCCCAUAAGCAAUUGUCAGAGCUCGUUCAAAAAAUAGUAAGUGCUAAUGGGAAACCAGACUUAUUAUCGGUAUCCUCGGAAGCUGCAACUUUAGGCCAAUUAGUGGCCAGGCUCUUGUCUACUGGAGUGCAGCCUAUUACAAGGGAUAUUUUGGAGCCUGUUGCAAGGUUGGUUACAUUAUGCCCUCAACUGCAACCAUUGCGAGAAGCUUUCUGCAAGUUGGUUGCAAUACACUACUUUCUCCCUGAACUCACUACACAUCUUUAUCUGAUUUUACACGGUCCGUGUGGGUUUUCUGUCCCCGAUUGGUGGCCUGCGGUAUCCAACCAGGAUAACCAGAAUGCACUGUUAUGGACAACCCUUAUAACUAUAGAUCACCAAACGGCGGCAGAUGCAUGGUUAGUUUGCGAUGUGCUUCAUGUGGCAGUCAGGAUUCUCAAUAUUUUCGAAACUUUGCACAAGACGGAAGAGGCGUUGGAUAAGGGGUUAAAGGAUUUGUUGCAUAUCAUUUGCUCAGGAAACGCUAAUAGACAGCUAACUACAUUAUUGUUAUUUCACGAUGAGAGGGUAUCUGAGAUCAUUAGAGAUACCUCAAGUGGGAAACUGCAAGAUAGUGCAGCAAUGCACGCUAAGAUGCUUUUGGACGUGGUUCUCCUGACUCCCUCGAUUACAAUCAUUGGUGAAGCAGUGUUCACUUUGCCAGGAGCUGGAAUCUUUGGACGCAGUUUUACGUCUCCUCAAAAGAAAGCUUUUCAAAUAGCAAUCAACUCCCCUUUCCAGUUGGUAAUCGAUAUCUUGAAUCAAGGUCCAAAAUUCAGAUUACUGAUAUGCCCAAUAUUACGUGCAUGUUGUUUUAUAGCCAUGCAUGAGAUCGCAUUUGGGUAUACAUCAAGGAGAGAGCUCUACUCAAAUUUCAAUACUCACUCUCAAACAAGUUCGUUAGUAUCAGUAUUGACUGAUUUUGCAUUUACGCUUUCACGCAACUUGUUAUACAGUAGCAAGGAUGGCAAUUCUGUCUUAAAAUACUUUGAGGGGCUUUUCACUCAUUGGGAUUACCCUCCGUUUCCGAAACCAAAUUAUUUUUUUGCUGAAUUUGGUGAAAAGUUGACUACACCUAUAGAGGAGAUAGAGGAAUUAAAAGAUGUGAAUGACGGGUUACUUCUUUCCUUAAUCACCAUCGAAAAAAACUUGGGUCAUGAAUUAGAAGCCUUGAAAUCAGACUCUCUGUCGAAGGCUAUUCUUGAGAAGAUUAUUGUUUGCAAAGUGGAGCAUUUGCUUGGGUCUUUAGUAGCUGCAUUGAUUUCCAGCUUCAAGUUGAAUUUUGGUGCCCAAGAUAGAGAAGUCAAGUACUCAUUAGCCAUCUCUUUGAUAAAAAUAUUAUUGUCAGCCGUUGACAAUAAGUCAUUGAUUUGGAUCACUUUGUUCAAUUUCACCAACGAUGCCUGCUACGCUGACAUCCAUUUAGUUGUUAUUUUUGAAAAAUUGUUUGAAAAGUUGGUGAUAGAAGUUGAUCUGAAAAUGGGCAAAAAAAUGUUCGAUAGUGGCGCUAGCCAGUUCUUUCAGACAUUUAAUGAUGGUGUGCGUGAAUACCCUAAUAUGGUACAGGGUUUAAAUUUUGAAUAUCCAGAAAGUCAGAUUGUAUCUGUGAAUGAAAGAGAAAUAAGCGCAGUUUACGAGAAAAAGCACGCCUUAAAGGGAAACCUACAAAUCGGAACAGGAAACACGAAAUCGUCUGGGCCGGCUUAUUUUCCAAAUUCAUUAAAUUCAUCAAGACAACAAAGUGUACAUGUUGAUAAGUUUGGGAAGUAG